UAACCUCCCAAGUGGAUACACUCCUCCAGAAGUGUCCACUCCACAUUUUAACGUUCGCCGGGCUAAAGAAACUGAUGAUUAUGUGAUUUUAGUGGACAGUUCUUGGAAUGUACAGUACACGGUUGGAAAAGAGGAAGUUCAAAGAAUUAUCAACAGAAUUAUUUUAGAAUUUCUUCCUGACAACGCCACAGCGAGCCUACUUGUUUAUUCCAAAGAACUAAAAAGUUUGGUAGAGAAUAUCAAAUUGGACGAGUUUAGCAACAGAAAAAACUUGGUAGAAAGCCUUGAAACAGAAUUGAACUCCACUAAUAUAGAAGAUGGUCAAGCUCUCGGGAAAGCGUUAUUCAAAAUUACCCAGAUGGAAAAUCGUGAGGGAGUUAGUGUCGUCCUUUUAACCAAUGGAGAUGAAGAUAUGACUCCUUUUGUGACAUCCCAUUCCGUUAAGGCAGCCAUAGUGAAUUCUGGGAUACGAAUCAACACCCUACUUUUUGGAAGCCAACAUAAAAAUAAGAUACAGGAUCUGGCUUCUAUAACAGGGGGAAAAUUGUUUAUUGUAGAGACAAAAAAGUGGGAUUUCAACAUGGCUUCCUUGGUAUCUGCAGCUGUCUUACAGGCUCUAGUGUCUACCAGUAAUCAGGAAGAAUACACUCAUCAGAAAAGGCACUCUUGUUUGAAUUUGAAGACACGGGGACAACAGUCGUCGUCUUCAAACAACCACCGACUCUGGGCAGAAAUUGGUAAAUGGGAAAUUAUUCCUCUAAGUACAUUUCUUCAAACUCAAAUUAUUCUGAUCAGAGCUUAUGUUACUACAAAGUCUGACAUCUUUGCUCUUGAAGGCUGGACAAUCACUUCAAAAGAUGAUAUUCCUAGAAUAUCAAUAUUUGCGAAUCUGAAAGACCGAAGUAACGUCAUAACUGGACAAAAAAUGAACGCUACUGUCUAUUGCCCAGGAAAUAAAGUGCAGUUCGUAGCAUUACGAGAUGAUGGACUAGGGGCUGAUCUAAGCGCAAAUGACGGUGUUCAUUCAGGCCAUUUUACCGAUUUCCAAGGAAAUGGUUCUUAUCACGUGGAAGUGGCUGUUUUGGUGGAAGACGGAGAUUUUGUAAAAUCCCUUCUGAAAGAGCGUAUACAAAACAUUCCUGAACCCCAAGUGAUAACAACUCCACCGAAACGUUACCGAAACAAACAUUCGCUCCGUAUUCAACGGUCUUGCUACGCUGGAUCUUUCUAUCUGAAGCACAACUUGCACAGUAGUAAAGGGAAUUCAUUUCCCCCCAGCCGAGUGUCAGACCUGCAAGUAACGAAAGUUCAACAAAACCAAAGUACAUUAAAUGUGACAUUACAGUGGACAGCACCCGGCGGAAAACUAGAUACUGGUCAAGUUGCAUAUUACAAUUUUCGAAGAAGUUUCAACAUGUCAACUUUAAGAACCAAUUUUCACUCUGCGGAUAAUCUAACAAAAGACCAUUUAGUAGGUGGAGAGCUAGAACCGAAGGAACGUGGACAGAAACAGUCGGCUGUUUUUCAAAUACUGGUUGUUCCUUACGAUUAUCAGGAAAUGUUUAUAUCCAUGAAAUCACUCAAUGACGAAAAAAACGAGUCUCCUACCUCCAACAUCGUACCAGUGUACUUCGAAGUUACACCACCAGAGACCACAACAACCGAGUUCAUAGAUAUAACUUCCACCGAAUCUACAACAUCAGAAAAUACCGAUGCUUCGACGACAACCACCAUAGUCACAACAAAUGAGAUAACAGAAGAAAACGUUGUCGGGCUAAACCUUCCAGUUAUUUUACUCGUAUCUGUGUUUGGAAGCCUUUCACUGCUUUCUUUAAUUCUUAUUAGCAUUUUCGUUCUGAGAGUGAGAAAACGAAAAUUGUCUGAACCAAUUAGACACGAACCGCGCUUUGAAUCGCCCAGAGAAACAACGCCUUGAAUAGAUGAACUUAACGCAGUUGAAACUGCUUAGUUCAGAGUGACAUCUGGAGAGAAAGUUUUGAAGUACUAAUUUAAAAGAAAAAUUAUGAUAUUUCAGAAAAUUUCGAUAUUUUUAUCUGUGCUACUUUUGUUGAUUAGUUCAUCAAGUUUCUCUUCAGGUGGCGCUUUGUUAGUUCAUCAUGAAAACUCUGAAUUAACGAGUUAUUUAGUUUCUACCUUAUUAGUAAAAUGUUAACCUGACCUCCAAAAAUUAAAAAUUGAAAGAAUAUAAAUUAAUGAGACAAAUAAUUGACUCGAAAAGCACAGACGCUUAGUAUUGUUUUAUAAAUGGAAAAUAAUAGACGAACUGGAAAUCUUACAAUCUUAAAUGAAAGUGAUUACAGAUGAUUAAUUUAAACAGUUGUUGUUUGAAAUAAAUGAAAUA